AUGGACCGCGCGAAUCUCAUCGCAACACUCGCCGCAGCGAGACAAACCCCCAAACGACCUAUCGUAACCCUCGCAAACUGCGACAACGCAUGGCUCAUCUCUAUCCCCAGACCUGCAGGAGGGACCGGUAAAAAGGUCUUUUACCAUGUCUUGCAAGACCCUUGGCUCUUUGGCGUCAGUGACAUGCUCAUUAGCUACUUCUUGCGGCUAUCGCUCAAGGAAAAAUCGGCAGUCGGGGGCUCCAAGGAAGAUGACGAGCACUGGCUCGAUGCGGUGACCGUCACCCAUACCAAUCCGGAUCACCUACACCAACCGACGCUGCGAACCUUUGAUCCAUCACUCAAAGUCCUUGCCGUAGAAGACGCCGCCACCACGAUCUCUGCAAUGAAGCACUUUCACAACGUCCACGUUCUUCCGGACUUUGUACGUGGCCAGGCGUGGCCCGCUACGCCAGAGAUGCCCGAGUGGCUGUCCAUCUUCCGGCUUGAAGACGAGACAAAGAAGUACCCGAACCUUUACCAUGCCAUCGUCAUCAAAAUCGCAGCUGCGAAUGGAAAAGACGAAGUCAUUUUGUACAGCCCUCACGGAGUUGACCCCGGUAUCGUCGAAGCCGCCAUGGAGAUGAACCCCGACGCGAAGGUUAUUGCAAUGACGCACCCAAUCAACGAGGCUGGCGUUGGACUCAAGACCAAGGGGGUAGCUAAUGCUCUGAAAAUCCAGCGGAAGCAUUCACCAAAGUAUUGGAUCCAUUGCCAAGAAGGCAUCCAGUAUACCGGGUUCUUGACCUGGUUCUUCAACUAUGGAGACAAGACUUUGGAAAUAGGCCUGGAGGAAGAGGCCAGGGAAACCGAGGAGGAGCUUCCUAGGCCCAACUACGUGACUAUCUCGAACGGCGCAGGGUUUGUUCUUGCAUAG